GCUCAGGCCUUUUCCAGCGUGUGAUGCGCUUGUGGUCUUGAGAAUGAAGCUCAAGGAGUCAGAUCUAUGAGUGAUCUUGCUGGGUGGCGAGUUUGAGCCACCCCCUGCGGCACGAGCAGGGAUGGUGCGGCUUGGCCCUCCCCCCAACCGGCUGUCCAGCCAUCGGUUUUCCCUCGUCUUCACCGCCAUCUGCUCUUUCUUCCUCACCCUCGCCCUGGAUCUUUUCGAGCACGUCUGUGUCGCCCUGUCAAACAGGCGGUCCGUCGACAACCUCCGGGACCUCAGCAGCCCUGACCGGGCGGCCUUCGUGGCUCCAGCGGCACUCAGGCGCUUCGGCGGAUCAAGACGGCGUGUUUCAGGGCAUCGCAGAGCACGGUGGCGGAUGGAUGACGACUGUGACGUUUUUCUUCUGCCGCUCGACGAGAAGCAGCGGACCGAGCAUUUGAGGUCUCUGUCGAGCGUUCGAGCGUCAGACCUGCUGCUGGCUUCCUCUCUGCUCAAUGACCAAAAGCGGCUGCUGCUACGCGCGAGCCCCUCCAGCACCGCCAGCCCUCCCCAUUCCACGAUGUUUGACCCCAUGGAUGAAGAGGAGGCCCAGUACGCGUCAGAAGGACGACACGACACCACCCCAAGGAUGGUGUCGGUCUCGCCACACAGCCGGACGGCUUCAUCACCCAUACCCCUCCCCUCUGAUCCCGACCCCGCUGGCCCUUCGUCGCGUGCCUUUCGUGAGCGGCUCGAAGAGUCGUGGCAGGCCCAGUCUCACCCAUCAUCAGCCCCACCCCUCCCCCCCACCCCGUCAGAUUGGAGGACCGAAUUGGAGCGGCAGCUCGAGAGAGAGAGGAUAGCGCGGGAGGAGAGGGCUCGUGCGGUGCUAGAGGAGCAGCUCGAGAGGGAUCGGCGGCGCGAGCAGGGGAGGGCGCAGCGGCUGCUGCACAUCAUGGAGAGGGACAAGUGCUCGGCUGAGGAGGCCAUACGGAGGCUCGAGGCCAUCGAAAAGGCGGAGGCUGAGGCACAGCAGCGGACGGAGCUUCCCCUGCCCACACAACAUCGAGACGAUGAUGAUGACAUUGACGUCCUUGACGAUGAAGACGAGGAAGAUCAGCCGUCGGACAUCUCCAUUGCCACGAUGGUGUCGACGGCUGUCACCGAGAUCGAGACCCCCACCCAGCCGUCAUCACGGCCCCACAUGCCACCAGAGGCGAGUGUGCUGUCGGCUGCAGCGGCAGCCCACGAGAUGGACAAGAAACGGAGAAAGAAGGAGCACGUCGAGCGGGGGAGCGUCAACAUGACAGCCGAUCUGUCCGACUUCACUUCUCGCCAUGUGUUUGAGGAUGACGACAGCGUCCGGCUGCUCAACGGCACACUGGUUGAUAGAGAGGUCCUGGAGAAGCUCAAGGAAAAGGACGACUUCCUCAGGUCAACCACACACACACACACACACAGAGAGAGAGAGAGAGAGAGAUAUGUUCGGCUGAGCUGACGAUGCAUCCAUCUCUGUGUGCGUUUGUGUGUGUGUGUGCAGGGAGUGGGAGAGGCUUCGCGACAGCAAGGGCCUGCGCUCGUUGGAGAGCUGGGCGGAGCUGGUCAACACGACGGUCGACUACCUCAAGGUCAUCAUCCCCGAGGUCAUGCAGAUCCGUGCCCUCCUCCCGCCACAAGAGGCGUCCAAGAAAUCACGGAGGAGCAUGAUCCAAAAGGUCAGCCAGCCUUGACAACUCCUCUGCCACCAACCAAUCUGCAUCUCUCUCUGUGUGUGUGUGCAGGAGCGAGAGGAGUGGAAUCUUCUGCGGUCGUCGCGUCGUCUGCGUCGGGUGGAGGAUUCGAUCAAGCAGGUGGAGCUGACGCUGGGCCGGCCGCCCACGCGCGUCGAGUGGGGCACGGCCAUGGGCUUCAUCACCGCUGAUGCCAGGGAGGAUGGCUAUGACAAGAGACUCAAGGAACAACUGGACUACAUGAACAAAGAGGUGCGUUACUGAGUGGGCGUUCGUGUGCAUGUACGUUGUGCGGCCUGUCUGUGGUCAGUUGAAGCGCCUUGAGGACGAUGAGGCGGUCGUGAUUGGCUGGUUCCACGACCUCGUCAAGAGACUGGCCACGUGAGACGGAAGUACAGAUAGGGGGACUGAGAGAGAGCUCUCUUUGUGUGACCGGCCGGCUCUUCAUGGCUGUCUGUGUGCUGUACGUGGCCUGUCAGGCAAGCUGCUUCCAAGCCCCACACCAAUCUCGGCUUCAUGGACUUCAUGACGGGCGGCCUCGAAGGUAUGGAAUCCACCUAAAAGUACACCAGACAAAGUCUCUGUCCGCGUGUGGCUGUGUGUGGCACGUGUGUGUGCAGCUGUGCAGAAGGCAAUUCGCGAGGUGCCUCUCGAGAAGAUUGAGAUGGGCAACCUGCGGCAGCACGUCUACAUGGCCAUCAAGAACGCACACCUCGCCCAGGCUACAGAGUUCAGGCAACAGGUACGCAAGCCACUUCAGUCAGCCGCACACGCAAACGACGAGUUCUCAUUCUCGUGUGCGUGUGUGUCAGCAACAUCACGGUGUGCCCGCCCACUACUUCACGCUGGCCAAGAAGGCGAGGGACUACGAGAGGGACGUCAAGAACGAGCAGGGCCGAGUGCCCAACCGUAAGAGCCGCACACCUCCACGUCUCCCUCCAGCUCACCACAUCUCACACCAACCUGUGUCUGUCUGCCUGAACAGACGCUGAGACCGCCAAGGCCCUCGACGUCUCGCCACAGCUCUUAUCGUAAGUAGACCGACGCCACAUGCAUGACUAAGGCGUCCAUUCCUUCAUUCAUUAACCCCCGUGUGUGUUUGUGUCUUUGCGUGUGUGGUUGGCGCAGCAAAGUGAGGUCCGAGACGCGGAAGAUGCGUGACAUGAUGCAGGACGUCAAGUUCAAGUCGGACGACGGAACCCCUGAACGGCUCCACGAAACACUCGACGUACGCGCGCCAAACCUACCAGCAAUCACGAGCCGACGCACCUGGAUGACACUAUGUUGUGUGAUUGAUGUGGUUGGUGUGGUUGGUGUGUCCAGCUGGACCCCGACAACCCCGGCGGGCCUCAGAAGUACCUGGCGGAGGAGCGGCGCUUCCUGCACAUGGUGGAGCACCUCAUGACGCAGUCGUCUCUCACCGACAUGGAAUACAGAGUGGUACGUACGCACUCCCACACGGGUCAUGACACUCCCACCCCUCAUCCCUCCCUCCCUUGCCUUGCUAUGUGGGUCCAGAUGCACAUGCGUCUGGGCGUCUCCCGCACCGAUCGCCGUGUGCACUCGGCCGAGGACGUCCGGAACGAGCUGGCCAUCACACCGAGGGAACUUGCAGACAUCGAAGCCAACGCUUUCUACAAAAUGAGGAAACAGGUGGGUGGUUGUGUAGGAAGAGUGCACAACACCCUAACUAGCACCCAAGACUUGCUAACCGAGUGUCGUGCGUGUGGUGGCCUUGCACUCCAUCCAUCCAUCUGCAGGAGACGGAGGAUGCUUUGGGUGAGGUUGAGCCGCAGGUGCGUGCGCAGGCGUCGUUCGACCCCGAGAUGAUGCUGGCGGUGCUCUCGGAGGUGUCGCACAUACAGCGCCUGUCCGAACAGCUCAUCACACGGGGGGGAUUCAGAAACACAAGUGAGUAUGCGAUCGUGCACCCAGCACACGACUCACCACAGCCAUCAGAUUGACGUGUUGCAUGUGAUGUGUGCGUCUCGGUAGGGGAUUUGGACCCCAGUCUCGACGAGAAGGCGCAUAUCCACGCGGCGGCCCUGCUGCUCAACCAGUCCAACAAGCCCGCAGCCAUCGCUGCACGACGCAAGCUCAUGGAGGCCAGAGGCCACAAACCUCUCCGUGCCCAGCAGCAGCCCACCCCACCCCCUGUCCCACCCCGCACCCCGACAGCCCACCAGACGCCCCCUCCCCGGCCGCAGCCAAAGCUCUUCGCGCCGAUUCCCGUGGAGCCGGCGAGAGCGGCCAGGCAAGAGGAGCCCCUGCUGGCAAAGGUCAAACGGGAGAGGGCCGAGAAGAAGGGCGGUGGCAAGAAAGCGGCGAAGCGGAGCACUAUGACGUCGGGAAGGAAAAGGACGAAGGCAAUCUGAUGAUCUUAUGGAGGAGGGAUAGUAGGCGGACGAAGGGGUGUCAGUCUCGUGUGCAGAGAGGGGGGAGGGACGGACGGGCGACGAGACCAUGGUUUCCAUCUAUCCAUCCAUCCAUCCAUACUCGUACAUAGACACAUGUACCCACCCACAUGCCGGCACGGCAUGAAUGAGUGCAUCUACCUACCUCCCUACCUUUCUACCAGCCUGUCUCUUUAUCUCUGUGUGUGUGGUGUGUGCGGGAGGGGCUAUGGGAUGGGAGGGGGUAUGGGAUGGGAUGGGAUACGAGGGGGAGGUAGGUGAGAGGGCGGUCCAUAGCGCACCGGUCCACAACGCUCACGCACUCCCUUUUUCUGUCAAUCACUCACGCACUCGCUGCCUACCAGCCUGCCUGCCUGCCUGCCUGACCUAUGCCUACAUCAGCCGAACCCGCCCAUGUAUAGCCUGUCGCUCGUCGGUAUGGGUGGGUGGUUGCUUGGUUUGUGUGUGUGCAGCCGGCCGGCCGCCGGGCAGGCUAAGCUCUCGUGUGAGGCCGGCCGGUAAGACACAUCAGCGAGGAGAAUACUCGCAGAGAGGGCUUUUUGGCGGUGGCUGGCCAACCACAGUUUUUUCCCGCUUUUAAAGCACUCUGAGAGAUGAGGAGGGAUGCGUGUGUGUGGGCAAGCAACUGCAAUGGAGCUUGGUACCCUGUUUUCGAUGUGUUGCGGUUCUCGUGGCUGUCUGUCUGUGUGCGUGUGUGGCGUGGAUUUCAAUGGGAUUGUCCUGGCCUGGCGAGAAUGACGUUGUAAUGCUCACUGGGGCACUGACGUGCUGUGCUCCUUUUGCUGCAGCGGGGCGGGGGCUGCUAAUGUGUGUGCGUGUGUUGCUUUCAAACCACUCACUCACUCACCCACUUGUUGUCGAUCGUGCAGCCAGCCAGCAUCUCUGGCACUGUUGUGCUGUCCUGUGGUGCCUCCCUCCCUCCCUCCGUCCCUCCCCCCAGCUCACUGUAAACACAGCACUGCACACACCCAUACACACACAUGUAUUGCUGGCUGGCUGGCUGCACGGCACGGCGCGGCACGCACCUUGGUGCGCGCUCUCUCUCUCUCUGUGGGAUUUUCAACGACCUGUGUGUGUGUGUGUGUCCGAUUCCGGUCUCUCUCUUGUGCGUGUUUCUGUCUGGGCAUUCCCCUUGAGCACCGUUCCCCUUUGAGAAUGGCGCCCGAGGUGGGACUAUGACAAGGCGCACGAGAGGCGACCGACUGGCACUGACAAGGCAGUUGCCUCUCUGUCUGUCUGUCUCGCUCCGUCAGUAUUUGUGUGUGGUGGGGUGGUGGUGGUAUGUGCAGAUGGCACACAAUGACGAUGGAUGAAUGGAUGGACGAAUGGAUGAUGACCCCUACAUUGCAAUCAGUUGUCGUG